UUAAACUCCGCCAAAAGAUAAUAUUUUGUAUAAAAAGGUUAAAGAAAUAAACAUAAGUAUAGUUUUUUGUCAGCAAACAAAAGCAGCAAAAUGAAAUCUUUGGUCAUUAUCGCCUCUGUCAUCGCUUUGGCCGUAGCCGGCCCUGCCCACCGUGGCCUGGUUGAGCCUGGCCCAGCUGGUCCCGCUCCCGCACCAGCACCCGAGUUCGUCCCCAUAGCAGUGGGCCCGGCUAUACUGGACUUCGAGCCUAUUGCCAUCGGCCCCGCCGUGAUUGACUCUCUCCCUAUCUCUGUUGGACCCGCCAUCAUCGACUCUGAACCUGUUGCCGUCGGACCUGCCAUCAUUGAGGAGCCCAUCGCAGUUGAGCCUGUGCAUGUUGUCGAGGAGGCCGCCGCUGCCCCCUCUAAUCCUCUAGUCCAGAUCAUCCUGAACAUCAACGGUGUAUCCCAUGUCAUCGAUGCUCCCGUCAGUGUGCCCGCUGUUGAGCCCGUCGUAGUCCCCAGCCCGAUACACGUUAUUGAGGCUGCCCCUGAGCCUGUUCAGGUCAUCGAAGUUGCUCCUGAACCCGUGAAUGUCGUUGAGAUCGCCCCCGUUGAGAUCGGAUCCCCCGUCCUCCCCACUCCCGUGGUCGUCCCUGAGCCUGUUGCUAUCGGCGCACCGCAACUGCCCCAGUUCGUCGAGGAACACUAAAUCGGAUAUUGUAUUAUAGACUUUCUAGAGAAACUGUGCACCUGAAUUAUCAUCUACACAAUAACUUGCAAUAGGUAUUUAAUUGAUUAUACGAUAUUAGAUUCUUA